AUGAUUAUUAGAUUAUCAUUUAUUCAUCUAGUAUUACUAAUAUGUUUUGUUAAUUUUCUAAUCUGUAUACCAACUAACAACACAAAUGUUACCGGUAAUACAACUGUUACUACUAUUACUACCACUAAUACAACAAUACCUACCACAGGUACUACUAGAACUAUUACUACUAAUGAGCCCAUAACAACUCAUGGUGUAAUUACAACAACAAAUAGGGAAACCACUGAAACACCAUUGACAGGAACAACUAUUAGUUCUUUGAGUAGUAACAUAACUAACUCAUCAAUAAUUUCACCAAAUUCUACAAACACUUCACUACAUUUCAAUAAUUCAUUCUUAAAUGAGACAAUAAAUACUACAGAGUUUAUACAAAGUACAACUUUGCCAACAGUUACAAAUAAUGAUAGAAAUAGAAGAACUAUUGAAUUUACCAGCACAACUUUAUCACCAUUAAUAAAACAUCAUAAUCAUUUAAAUAAAACUAAUAAUUCUUCAAUAAACUCAUUAAAAUCUAAAAACUUUUCAUCAAAUCAUUCCACUAAUUCAUCUCGACGACAUUCUAUAAAAGGAAGAGUUAUUUUAGCUACAACACGUGAAAAAGGUAGUAGAGUAUGGGGAUUAACUGCAACAAAAGCUGAAUUAGCUUGUCAUCGAUUUAUAACUAAUCGUAGAAUUACUUCACCAUUAAAUAAUCAAACAAACAAUGCAUCAAGUAAAAGAAAUCUUAAAGUAACUGAUUUAUAUCAAGGUCAUUUAUUAUCUGUUGCAUCAAAUGAUGAGAUUAUACACUUGGUAAACCUCAUGGGUACAGUACCAGUUGGAUCAUAUUGGACAGGGGGUAAAUUAAUAAGAUCAAGACAGACUGGAGUAUAUGGUGCAAACGCUACAAAGUGGAAAGUGAUGUUAAAGUGGUCGGAUGGUCGAACUGCUCCUGCAAAAAUAUUGGGUAUAACUGAUGAUGAUGCAAAUAAUCUUGCAGAGGGUAUGACUUAUUGUCUAUCAUUAGACAUUGCACGACUUACAUGGCAAGCUCGUGAUUGUGAACAUCGUUUGCCUUACGCAUGCUUGAUUACUAGACGAAAUGUUGUAAUUCAAACUACCACUAGUAAUUCAUCAAUAGUAGUUAAGACAUUACAAGAAAUAAAUGGUACACAAAUUUCUGCCCAUUACAGUCAUGUUAUUUCGAAAAGUCAUCAAACAGUACUCGGAAGUUCAAUUACAGUUAUUAACACUUCAGUAAAUACUAAUCACUCAGAGAACAGUCAAACUAUUCCGCCUUUACUGAAGCCCAUCAAAUCUACUCCAGCAAGCAUAACCAUAGCACCAAAUAAUACUGAAAAUUCAACUCUUGAGGCAAAUUUUAACGUCUCAUCUGAGAUUCAGAAUACUCCAUAUAUGGAUACCACAACCCCAUCUAGUUUACCUCCUGUGGUAACUGAGAAUAAUAAUUUUAACCGAAAUGGUAAAACCGUUUCUGAAUCAACGAUCCAAUUAAAUAAGCAGCUUGUGAAAUCUACAGAACCCGCCUCUGAAACUAACCAAACUUUCAGUGUUCCUUCUCGUCCUAAAGCUCAGGUAGUUGAUGAUGAUGAUGAUGAUAAUGAUGAUGAUGAGAACAGUGAUAAUGAUGACGAAAAUGAUAACGAUGAUGAUAAUGACAACGAUGAUGACAAUAGCAAUGGUCAAAAUGGUCCAUUUGGUUUGGGAGAUCUAAACUCGAUAUUGAGCCACAUUGAGACUUUACACACAACAACAACACCACCACCACCACCACCGGAAACUACUACUACCACCACUACUACUACUCCCACGACUACUAGUACUACUACGACAACUACUACUACUACUACCACCAGUAUUAUUACCACCCCGGCUACCACUACUAUUACUACUGCUACUACGACUUCUACUGCUCCUAACACUACUGCUACUACUGUGCCUGAUAAUGUUUCUACCAGUACUACUGCUAUUUCUUCCACUACUCCUACCACUACUGUUACUAGCCCUUCUAUAUCUACUUCGUCUACUACUAUUACUACUGCUAAUAUUUCCACCAAUCCCAUUGCCAUUGCUUCUACAGCAAAUAGUACUUCCACCACCACUCCUAUUGUUAAUACUUCUCCUGAUAAUACUUCUAGCAGUACUACUGUUUCUCCUACAAAUGCCACCACUACUAAUACUACCACUAAUACUACUUAUACCACCACGUUUACUACUGCUAAUACUCUCACUAAUACUACUGCCAUUACUUCUACAACUACCACUACUCCCACCACUACUACUAUUCCUGAUAAUGUUUCUACCAGUACUACUGCUAUUUCUUCCACUACUCCCACCACUACUGUUACUAGCCCUUCUACAUCCACUUCGUCUACUACUAUUACUACUGCUAAUAUUUCCACUAAUCCCAUUGCCAUUGCUUCUACAGCAAAUAGUACUUCCACCACCACUCCUAUUGUUAAUACUUCUCCUGAUAAUACUUCUAGCAGUACUACUGUUUCUCCUACAAAUGCCACCACUACUAAUACUACCACUAAUACUACUUAUACCACCACGUUUACUACUGCUAAUACUCUCACUAAUACUACUGCCAUUACUUCUACAGCAAAUAGCACAACUACUACUCCUACUAAUACCAUUACUGCUGAAACCACUACUAGUACUGCUACAAUCAAUAAAGAAACAUCUACAGAAAAAUCUAGGGAUGUCGAGAUGUCAAGUGAAACAACAUAUACACCAAGUACUUCAAAUAAUUCUUCUGAAAAAAUGGCAACCUCUACAACACCUGAAAUGAACUCACAGGAAUCGACCGUGGCAACUAUGCAAGCAAACAACGGAUCAGAGGCUUUGAUGACAAAAGUAUCCAAUUCGACAGUAAAUGACGAAACCGAGUCAACGCCACUAAUCAGAUCUGAUGAAACAACGAUAUCCACAUCCGAGUCACCAGAAGCGUCGACCUCAUCUGGGUUAACAACACCAGCGUCAUUCCAAUCAGUGGCAACAAUUGAGUCAACAGUGCUUUCAUAUUCCUCACCAUUAGAGAUAUCUAUGUCAGCAACAACAACGACUACUCAGAGUUCAUUACCAACGUCAACAAAUCAACCAACUCUAUCAACAACAUCUAUGGAGCUUCAAUCAGUGGGGACAUCUGAGCCCAUAAAUUCAACGACACCCCAAUCAAAUAUGACAACAGAACCAACUACAACUCUGGAAUCAAAGUCAACAGAAAAUGUAUUGGGAUCUGGUACACCUUCAUCUGUAUCAAUAACAGAAACAGAGUCUACGGUUACGGAAACCUUGCAGUCCGGAACAGAAACUAGUUCACAUAAUGGAUCACAGUGA